AUGUCAAAAAUGGGAUGUCCUCAGUCGGACACUGAUCCGAAUACUGUGACGGUUCUUCGCAAAGGAGGACCAGUGAACAAAACCUUGAAGUCAAACGCGGCUCUGAAUGCUGCUCUCCGCACUGGUGCUGCCGUGGAAUCACAAAAGAAAACGCUGGCUGGAGGAAAUCGUCAGCACACAAGCAACAAAAACACUCUUAGACUUGAUGAGGAAACGGAAGAGCUUCACCACGAUCGUGUUCCUCUGGCGCUAGGAAAAGCGAUGCAGCAAGCUCGUCAAGCGAAAGAGUGGACCCAGAAAGAUUUGUCAACCGCAAUAAACGAAAAGCCGCAAGUUGUAGCCGAAUACGAAAAUGGAAAAGCUGUCCCGAAUCAGCAGAUCCUCCAGAAAAUGGAACGCGCUCUGGGGGUAAGUUCAUUACGCCUCCAUUGGCUGUUACAGCCCUUAUUCGUUUUGCGUAGAGUGUCUGAUGCAGUGGUUCUAUGA